AUGAACCGGGUACCAAACCUGAUUCAAACCCGAAGUGUUCGAUCUCUGAAUCCAACAAAUUUCCGAGCUCCUUGGCCAUUUGUGAAAAAAGGUGCAACUGGUCAACGAAAAAUUGGACCAUACAAUGUGGAAAAAUUGCAAUAUCCUGGACAGAAUCGCGAAUUCGAGUUAUUGAAUCCUAAAUUCCAAAAAUUGAAUCCAAAAGAACUACACAGAUAUACUGGUGUUCAAGAGGAAGGAUUUAAUGAUGCAGUGACUGGAGAAUUUGUGCCGGUAAAAGAAAUGAGAAAUCAACUUGUUGUUCCGAAUUUGGAUGGAUUUAAGUGAGUUUUUAUAGGGGGAUAAAAAAUUACCUAUAAAUAUGAGACUCCGAAAUAAAAUUAUUGUUGUUUUUUCUAGAUUGAAACCAUAUGUAUCAUACCGAACUGAUGUUCAAAUUGAAAAACGAAGAGCUGCUUAUGAGAAAAAAGUUUUGGAAAAAGGAUCAGAAAGAUUAGCUGAUUUACACACUGUUGAAGAUGAACGGUUUGUUUUUUUUUUAACGAUAGAAAUCGAAAUCAAUGUAUUUUUGUAGUUGGCCACCACCGAAAAUGACACCCGAAACUCUUUUCGAACUUCAAUAUGGUGAAACAAUACGAUCUGCUUAUAAAGAAGGACAUUAUGGUCCCGUGAAAUCCAAGGAAAAUUAA